GCCAUAGAUAUUGAUCCCAGACUCAACAAGUUGCAAAAUUUGCCAGCGCAGGGAGACACAGUAGCAGGCUUCAGCGCUUCUAUAGGUCAGCUCGGGAGCUACUGCCCCAUCAUUGGGGGGGCUGGUGCAAACUAGUAGUAGUCACUGCGUAGAAGUGGUU